AUGUACGGUUGCGUUAUACCAAUGCGAAAAUCCAUCUGGUAUCUUUUGAAUUGCAGAAUGAUGAAGAUAUAUAGAAAAAUACAUAAAUUGAGCAAUGUCCUUAAGUACUUCAGUUCGAAUGAGUUUCGCUUUGACAACGACAAUGUGCGCAGUCUAUCCGAGAAGCUGGAUGAUAGGGAUAAACGUAUAUUUGCCUUUGAUAUGCGUAAUUUGGAUUGGAAUAAUCUAUUCCGUGUCAGUUUAUAUGGUUUGCGUUUGUAUGUUGUUAAGGAUGAUCCCAGCAAUAUACCCGAAUCGAUAAAACGCUAUGAAAGAUUGAAGGUGCUGCAUUAUACCACAUUAGCCAUUGUCUAUUCUUUAGCACUCUGGGCUCUCUAUGCUUUGUUGAAGUUUAUAUUCUGA